GAGAAAUCCGAAAUACCGGAACAGACAGGAAAAUAGGCAAACGUUACAAAAUGGCGCCCGAGCAGGGAGUCUAGUGCGCAAGUACAAACUGAAAACGACAACUCGGCCUGAGCGAAAGAGAUCCCUUUUAAAAUGUUUGUCUUACAACAACUAUUUUUUAGCUACAUGUCGAUGACGUCCGAUUCCGGUUCCGAAAAAGAUGAAAAAGAAGCUACCGAAGAAAUGCACCUCCAUACCGACCCCGAGAAUCAUGAGGAAGACGAAGAACAACGGCUAUUUAUACAAAUACAUCCACCACCAUCAUCUCCGCCACCAGACCAUAAUAUUAGUGAUUUUCGGACCAGCUGGAUCUAUCUACUACCUACGUAAAAAUGAUCUGAUAUUGCAACUGCAGAAAUUCAACCUUGUCGAUUCUGGAAAUGUUAAGCAGCUACGACGCCGACUUGCCAGAUUCAUUAGAUGGCAAGGCAGCACCCCAGCCGUCAGGAAAUGGCGCGUUUGUUUU